AUGCACAUCAGAUUGUAUUUUUGCUCCGAACAAGGCCCUGCACGGUUCGCUGCCAUUCAUAAAGUUUUUGGUGCCAGUUAUGUGUCUAAAUUGUUGUUGCAUGUUCCUGUGGCUGAUCGUUAUGAGGUUGUUUUCACAAUUGCCUAUGAAGCUCAAGCUCCGAUUAGAGAUCCUGCUUAUGGUUGUGUUGCACACAUCUUCGCCUUGCAACAACAGGUGGCAAUUUUGCAAGCUCAAUUGAUGCCACUGAAGGCUCAACUGGGUCAGAAUAUAAUGGAUCCGAGAAACAUGGAGAAUCAAUAUUGGCUGGGAAACACAGGUGGGGUGUCAUCGUUUCCUGCUAAUUAUCCAACUUACAUGAAUUCAAUAUCGCCACAAAGCUCAUUCGAAUCAGCAGAUGGCAACAACGAUGGGAUGAAUAUGCAAGAAGUAGAGAGCUGCAGAGAAGAAUUUUCAUUUCAAGCUUUUCCAAAUAAGAAGAGGCCGUGUAAUAGUACUGAUUUGGGUGAGCUUCAAGCACUUGCCCUUAGAAUGAAGAGAAAUUAA